AUGUCUACGCUGAGCAGCCGGCGCCGAAUCCGGGGCAUCAUCGUGCUAGCAGCCAAGGUAGGACAGGAUAUUGCUGUGAUCAUAUCAUCACGUUUAGACGACAUGCAUACUUUAUAUCCAUAUGCAGUCAUCGAACAACCCCUCGGAACAGCCAAAAAGGUCCGCAUCAUCACAAUCGGCAGCGGCGCAAGCGGCCUGAACAUGAUCCGCACCUUUCGCCAGAAACUUACAAACUUUGAACACAUUGUUUAUGAGAGGAACCCCGAGGGCGGAGGCACAUGGUACGAAAACCGCUAUCCGGGCUGCAAGUGCGAUAUCCCCUCGCAUAACUAUCAAUUCUCCUGGAUACCGAACAAGGAGUGGGGUAGCUUUCUGUCUCCGGCGGAAGAAAUUCAGGCGUACUUGUGCCGCUUGUGCGAUGAUGAGGAUCUGCGGCGUCAGAUCAAGACGAGUCACCUCGUGACGGGAGCGUUUUGGGAUGAAGUCUCUGGAAUAUGGACGGUUAGGGUGAAGAAUUUGGAGGACGGUGUGGAGUUUGAGGACCAUUGCGAGUUUUUGCUCAACGCGAGCGGGAUUCUGAACAACUGGAAGUGGCCAGAUAUUCCCGGUUUGAAUGACUUUGCAGGAAAACGAGUCGCAGUAAUAGGCAAUGGCUCAUCGGGAGUUCAAAUGGUUCCGGCUGUACAAAAAGACGCGAAAGAAAUGAUUCCAUUCAUUCGUGGGCCAACUUGGAUAAUGCCGCCGCGAGUUCAGACGUUGCUGCUUGGGAAGGCAAAGCAAACGAUGGAGCAGAUUGAAUUAGACGAGGAUGAGAACUUCACGCCAGCACAGAUUGAGAAGUUCAAGUCCGAUCCCGCGCUAUACAAGUCAUUCGUCAAGGCUAUAGAAGAACAAGUCAAUAACAACUUCUUCAUCGUCGCCACGCAAGGCGUCACUCAAUACAUGCAAUCUACACUCAACUACGAUCAGAAGCUGAUUGAUAUCCUGAUCCCCUCUUUUCCUAUAAGUUGUCGCCGAAUGACGCCAGGUGUCGGGUACUUAGAGUCUCUGACGAAACCCAAUGCAAGAGUCAUCUCGGGAGGAAUCGCCCGCGUAGUCUCAGACGGUCUGAUUACAGAGUCUGGGGAACACAUUGCGGUCGAUGCUAUCGUGUGUGCCACCGGAUUCGAUGUCUCGUUUCGCCCACGACUCCCUAUUGUCGGGCGAGGGGCAACAAAUCUUCAAGAUAUGUGGGCCAAGGACAUACCGAAAGCCUACAUGUUUUGCACGGUCCCCGAGAUUUCCAACUACUUUGGUAAGUUCAUAUUGUAUUAUGACAAUCCAGUCUUUCUCGGCCCCAACGCCCCCAUCAGCCACGGCAGCGUCUUCACGAUAACCAAACUUCUCGCAAAAUAUGUCGCCGGCAUCAUCCAAAAAUGCCAAACCGAGGGUAUUAAGUCCAUCAGCUCCAGCCUCGACGCUAUCAAUGAAUUGCACGAACACACGCAGGCCUUCAUGCCACGCACAGCAUGGGCCGGGUCCUGUAGAUCCUGGUUCAAAGGCGGUGCUGUGGAUGGACCUGUGACGGCGCUCCAUCCUGGGAGCAGAAUCCACUUUUUCCACAUGUUGGAGAACUUUAGAGGGGAGGACUGGGAUUAUGUGUAUGAGAGGAAGCGGAAUCGGUUUGCGUAUCUUGGGAAUGGGCUUUCUACGAAGGAGUUAGAUGGCUCUGAUUCAACUUGGUAUUUGAAUGAUCCGGAUGGGGAGGGGAAGUAA